AUGAAUCACUUCAGGAAGAUGGAGGUCAUCAACCUUACCGCCCUACCGAUGAUACCAGUGGAUGAGCACCUGGGUGUCUCGCUUGUCGCACGGAAUACAAUGGUGAAGACUGUGAGGAAGGAGUUAGAGAACAAUCCACCCUCGUGCCUUAUUGGCUGUAUGCACCAGGUGAACCAAAAGAUUGCUGACAUAAAUCUGCGUACCGAGCCGUCGGCCAACAGCCUGGCAAUUGAGAGAUUUGAGUUGGAGAAGAAGGCUUUAAGAGAGAAAACUCGCAGCAGUCCAGGAGACAAAGUCAAGAGACAAAGAAAAUCUCAGUAUUCCUGCAAAGGCUCAGAACGCAGACAUGCCAGAUCUUCUGUUAUUAAAAGGAAAACAGCAGAUAAAAAUCUGCUAGCGGAGUUGUACCAGUAUCCCAACUUUAACAGCUCCAAGCCAAACAAGCUUCCGAAUGGAGUCAACUUCUGUGACAUGGUGGGCAAUGUGGUCCGGGCUGAGAGAGACUGCCUUAGUGGCAAGAGUUUCUGUUCAGGGAGAGAAUUAGAGAAAUUUCUCUCUUCUCCUUCUCCAAGAGCCAUCUGGCUGGAUAGCUUUUGGUGGAUAUUUCAUGAGAGGUACCAGCCAAACAAGGAGCUCCAGAAUAAUCUGUUCGACCGGAUAGCCCAGCACUAUGCCUUACUUUUGUUUCAUGUACCCAAGUCCCACUAUGAAGAGGCGCUCUUAAAAAGGCUGCCAUCACUUCUGAGUAAAGCCAUGUACACCAGCUUCUGUUGCUGCUUCCCACAGUCCUGGUUCAACACACACGAAUUCAAGUCUGACAUCUGUAACACAAUGAGCCUGUGGAUUUCAGGCACCUAUCCUAGCCCACAGAGCUAUGACAGCUGGAACUACUCAGAACUAGACCCAGAGCGAUUCCGCAGAGAAGAAUUAAUGUUACACAGAAGAAGACUGAUAAAGGGGAGAGAGUUUUCUUUGUUUGCUGGUACAAGAGCCUUCUCCCAGAAGCCAGCCCAGAGCAGGAAAUUCUGCCACCCUCAGUUUUUUAGUGCAAAUUCACCCAAUGAAAAAGCCUCUUCAGCCAAGCAGAACUCAGAAAAAAGCUUACGAAUACAGAAUACUGCAAAAGAGCACCAUUCUCAAGCCCUGGUCUUGAAGAAACCUACACAACAAGUCAAGAGGAUAUCAGAAGGAAGAGAAUGUGAGAAUGUGUUUCCUAAAAAGUCAUGUGCUGCCUGCAAAAGCCCUGAGCUGACUUCAAACCUCUUCAACAUUUAUGGGAAGAGCCCUCUGAUUGUGUACUUUCUCCAGAACUACAUCAGUCUGCAGCAGCACGGCAAGAAUGUGUUGAUAGUCAGAAGGGAAAAGACCAUGAGCACCCCUGACUGCACCCCAACGUAUAGUGAUGUCAUCAGCGAGACCCUGUGCAGCAUGAAGAAGCGGAAAGACAACCUCAAUCAGUUGUACCAGUGUCACUGGAGUGAAUGGAAUUAUUUUGACAAGCAUCUAAAGGAGCUGCAAGACAACUUCUCCAGGGAAAUGAAGAAUAUUGAUCAAAAUGCAGCAGAUAAAAAAAAGGCAAACCACAUGUUCGUCCCACCUUCAGCCUUCAAUGAGGAAUCACCUGACAAAAAAACACAGGAGGGGAAAGGAGGAGAGGGAAAGAGAAGAGAAGCAGAAGUUGAACAUUUCCUUCCACUCACUUCUAAGCCCUGA